CCUGUUCAGAAGAUGCUUGGGAUCUAACCUGUCGGAGAAGGAGCGCAGCAGACCAUGGUUGUUCUUAGAUCCUCUGAGCGCACCUGUCGAGCUGAACCAUCCCAGAGUGCUUUCUACCAUCAUGUUGUUUUUCAUGAUACUAUUCGUGUAUUUUGUAAUGUCGCCAAUAUCCAGCUUCGUGAUGGCUAUGGCUUUCUCGUUCUUUUCCCUCGUAUACAAGAAUCAGUUUGCGGUGGUGUACGCCCCAAGUUGCGACACUAAGGGUGAAUUGUGGACUCGAGCGAUCCGAUUCAUCUUGGCUUGUCUGAUUUCCGCAGAGUUCACUGUCAUGGGCGUUUUGGCGAUCAAAGAAGCCGCAGUAGUAGCACCAUUGAUGUUGCCUUUGUUCAUUGGUACAAUGAUUGUACUACAAUCCUAUUCUGGUGUUAUCUCGAGGAGCGUCAUUUCAAAGUGGCAUCAUCUUUACCGGCCAAAGUCUUCGUCCCCAUUGAUCGUGAGCGAGGUGAAGGGUUCGCGAGCGCUUCGUAUACUGGGUGUUACAAACCCGUUACUAUGCGACAGAGGAACUUACAACCUGAUGUACCUCAGGAAGUAAGAACUGCUGCUGACUGCCUUGAGGAUAUGUCUACACCUCUGGGGGAAGACUCCGCUUGAAUAGAUUGAAUGAAGACGCGGAUAGCAGCAGGGAUGAAACAGUAUCGUUUGUUGUUCCCAUGUUGUGAUAUGUCAAUCCUGCCUGCGGGUGUCGUUUGUGGCUUCCGCUCGAAAAACGAGAGGGAUACCUCCGAUUGUCGGUUGGUAGUCAGUUAAGAAGUACACUACUGUUUUUCUGGCAAGAUCUUCACGC